AUGAGAAUUCCAAGUCCAAAACAUACAUGGGCGUCAGUGUGUUGCUCCUAUCGAGUUUGCAUUCACGUCGAACUCCAUGAUCAUUUUGGCUUCGGUUUGAGCUCUUUUAAGGCCACUCCUGUGCAGCUCUCUGUGGAGAGAGGGCACAUAGCCUAUUUUUUGCCCCAUAAACCCGUCCUGGGGACUUCGUGCACUUUUUGCUUUGCGCCUGCAGCAACCCUUCUUGGUCAAAGGGCUGUUCUGAAUGUCAUGGCAGAGUCUGACUCUGAUGAAAAAGCCAAACCAGAAGAAGCUCAACCACAAGAGGGACAGGAAGAGCAAGAUGGGAAUGGCCUCAGCACGGGAGGAAACAUCAAAGGUCGGGGCAUGAGGGCUUUCCAGCCCGAGAAAGUUGAGGACGAGCCGCCAGUAGCCAAAGCAAAGGCUGAAGAUGAGGCUCCGGAUACCAAAACCAAAGAGGAAGAGGUAACAGUAACAAAAAAGAAGGCCGAAGACGAGGUUGAAGCUCCGCCCGCCAAAAAGGCGCGUGGCCAGCCUGAAGCGGUCAAGCUGGCAGCUCCAUCGAAGCCCAUCUCCAGAUGGUCCGACAGACUAAGCUUUGAAGAGCAGCUAGAAGACUUCAUGAAAAUGCCACGACGUGGCAUGUACAAUCGCUACCUUGUCCUUGGCAAGCUGCCACCAGAGCUGCGGACAGGUGAAAACAUUUGGCGACUGAUGCAGCCAGUGCAGAAGGACAUCGUUCAGGUUGAAAUGCUCACCUGUUUCGGCAAACCUGUGGCGCAUGUGACACUGCGCAGUGCCACAGCAGCUGCAGCAAUGCAUCGAUUGUGCGAACAGCACCACAAGAAUUUGACGGUUGCAUUUGCACCGCCGCGGAAGGCCACCCCAACUUUGUGGUUGGGCAACGUAGAUGACUACGUUCCACGCAAAUCGCUGGAAAGCCUACUGGCAACGUUUGGCAAAGUUCUGCAUGGCUUGCGGUAUUUGCCUACGCGCACUUGUGCGUUUGCCACUUUUGCAGAGGUAGCUGGCUCAGUUGGCGCCAGAAAUAGCCUUUACGGGCUACAGGUUCAGAAGAACCAGUACUUGAACAUCGACUUCGUUGAUGAUGUAGAUACACAGGCUGCACCACCUGAUGCCUUUGGCAUGUGGGGAGGUGGUGGCCCAGCUGGCCCAGCCCCAUGGGCUCCACCGGGUCCCUGGGGGAUGCCUGGAAUGCCCAUGCCGCCGUGGGGUGCGCGUCCACCAUGGGCACCGCCACCUGGCAUCGGUGGUCCUGGUUGGGGAAUGCCGCCCAUGCCUGGCGGACCAUGGCGACCUCCAAGGGACGGUGAUCAUUGGAGAAAUUCAGAGGCAGUACCUGGUGCUCGCCUAGUUGAGCGCACCAAAAAGGGCCGAAGGCAGUCGGGUUCCAGUCCCGAGGCUUCGGCGGAGAAGCCUCGAAGGAAGAAGGAUAAGGAGAGUGCUAGACCGGCAACCGAGCCUGAUGGCAGAGGUUCCAAGUCCAAAGUGAAGCUCUACAAGAUGGGAGAGUUUUGCUGUAAUAUCGUGGCCAACUUUGUCAAAGGGAAGGAAUCGCCGGAGUCUUUGACAAACAAGCUGCAGAUUGAUCAGCGAACAAAGAUUGACCACUGUCGAGCUCACAUGGAAAGAGCUGGUCCCUUGGCGACUGUCUGGCACUUCUCCGCAGCAGACAGGCGGGACUGUGCGGCGUACGAUGCGCUAUGUGAUUAUUUCGUGGAGAAGCAACGAGUAGGACUCGUGCAGACUCCGAGUUAUUACAUCUACAUCGUCCCCCCUACUGAGAAGUAUUUGAAAGAGCUGAACUUGCCAGCUUCAAACUUCGUGGUGGGUCUUCAGAUCCCAAUCAAGAAAUGACUGGGAGAAACCGAGAAACGAGUCGAUUGCGGAGAUAAAGUCAUCUCCCAAAGCUGCCGUGGCCAUUGGUCAGUCCAAUCUUGGCUGAUUGCGCAUAAACGCACCAUUGUCAGUCUCUGCAGAGGAAAGUGGAAGCUGAAAAGA